UACCACUUAAAACAACAGCAUCAUCAGAAGAAGAAUAUCAGAAAGAUUAUUUUUUUUGAGUUUUAAAUUACAUUUCUAGAAGGUGGAUAGAUUGCAAUAUCGAAUCAAUCAUGUCAAGUUCAUCGGCAAAAGAGAUGAUGAAAUCAAAGAGUUUCUCCCAAACGUGUGAUUUACUGAGCGAAUAUAUGAAAGGGAAUAAAGGUGGUUUUGGUCCACCAGCCAUUAAUCUAUCAUCUUCGGCACCGGCAUCUUCAGUGGGCAUUUCAUCGUCGACAUACAACAACGAAGUUAAGUUGAUGGGAUUAUUUCCUCAACAACAUGCUUCUUUAGGUGCAACACCAAACACAAUGGAAACAAAGAAUAAGCCGGAAUCUCCUCAAAUGACAAUAUUUUACGGCGGAAAGAUAAUGGUUUUGGAUAAUUUAACGGCAGACAAUGCAAAACAAGUUCUGGGUUUUGCUGAGAAUUUCUCAGGCUCAUACAUUGUGAGUACUCGAGAAACUGCGGGAAAUAGUGUCGUCCCUGUGAACAACAUUUUGAUUCGCAAGGAUUUAUUGCCUCCAAGCCAUCAACAGCGACAACAACAACAACAGAGACCCAUUCCCAUUGCUUCCGGUAGUUCUUCAUCAUCUCUAUAUAUAAAUGCAUCUGAUGUACCCGCAGCUAAAAAUCUUUCACUACAAAGAUUUUUGGCGAAAAGAAAAGAGAGGAUUAGCGCAAGAGCACCAUAUCAAGUUAAGGCUUCAUCUUCGACCCCCAAGGAUAGUCAUAAAGAGAUGGACGAAAGCAAGACAUGGCUCGGUUUAGGUCCCAAAUCUACAUCUCAAAUGGAGAUAUAGGGACCGCUGUAGUUAUAGUAUCACGUCUGCAUCCAUCAAUUGGUCUACAAAAUCAAGUGCCACUUUAUUUUAAUUUUAAUUUUAAGUUUUGAUAGAAAGUGAAGGUUAUAUAAUAGAACAGAAGAAAACACUAGAGUUGCAAAAUCUACAUGUACAACUUUUGCUUGUACACUGUUUUUCAUUUUUUUUUUAUGUAGCGGGGUCUAAUCUUUUCGAGGAGAUUCAACCA